AAGAGAAUUUAUCUUUCGAGAGAAUCUCCCGGGCUGUGGUUCUCAAUUAUGGUCAGCCUGCGCGUGCGAUGAAAGCAACUCGUUUACAUUACACGUCCGCGCGUGUGAGACAGCGAGUGUUACGUCUGUCGUGUUCUUGAAUGAGGGGCCAACGCCGUUGCUCGAGUCAGCUAACGAACCGACGGACAAAAACAAAAUGUUCACGACGCGCCGCUGCGUGUUUACCAGCAGCGGCCGCGUGUGCGUGGUGACGACGUGAUCUGCUUGUGUCUAUGCUUUGUUCGCGCGCGCAUUGCCCCGGCGGCCGCAAAUGAUCAGCCGUAAGAUGAUGGUCAAGAAGUUGCUGUGGCGCGAUGGCAGUGUCCUUUAACCGGUACCUGAUCCUGCCGGAGAUUGAGAGAAGUGAAUCUGGUGCUGUCGCCGCCGUUGUCGCCGCCGCUGCUGUCGUCGAACCGGAUGGCGAACGCUUAUAUACGAACGAGACCGUCACUCCUCGGAGCUGUUGUUCGACCACCGGUGGCACCACGGCGACUGCCACCGUGACGCCGGUGACGGUGCCGUUGUGUGUGCUGGGCGAGGUGCAGCUGCGUUUCCUCUGCCCGGACGACUUGGAGGAAGUGCGUUCGCUCUGUCAGGAUUGGUUCCCAAUAGAUUAUCCUUAUUCGUGGUACGAAGAUAUUACAAGCUCUUCGAGAUUUUACGCACUUGCCGCAGUAUAUGGUGGAGUAAUAAUAGGACUGAUUGUUGCGGAAAUCAAGCCAUAUACCAAGCUGAACAAGGAGGACCGUGGUAUUUUGUGCUCCAGUUUGGGGAAAGAUUGUCUAGUAGGCUAUAUACUCAGUUUGGGCGUACGUCGUGCAUACAGGAGAAAUGGUAUAGCUUCAUUACUACUGGAACAAUUGCUGGCCCAUGUCACUGCUCCUGAACGGUCCUCUGUUAAGGCAGUCUUCCUACAUGUAUUAUCUAGCAAUGUUCCCGCUAUACUGUUUUACCAGAGGUGUCACUUUCGACUACACAGUUUUCUUCCAUAUUACUAUUCGAUUCGCGGCAAAUGUAAGGAUGGUUUCACGUACGUCCUUUAUGUGAAUGGCGGUCAUGCGCCAUGGGGUAUCUGGGACUGGGUGCGUCACUUGGCUGGUGCAAUGACUAAUUUUGUACCAUGCAGAGUGCCGCGUUGGAUUUGGCAACGUCUUCUGUGGGCAACCACUGUCCUCUCGUAUCAUAGAUGAUACAUUUUGUGAUUUAUUAUAUUCUUUUAUAUAUUUAUUUCUUCCCUUGAAUUCUAGAAGUAUUAUAUAUAAAGUGCCAUAAAUCAGUUAAAUUUCUGAUGAAUUCAUAAUAAAACCUGUUUAUUCUAUAUUAUUUUGUUAAAUAGACCUCGCGACUAUAAUAUGACGUACGCGAAGUCAGAAACGGAUAUUGUAUCCACUGUCAACUUAUAGUGAUAUAAAUGAACAUUUACACUUAUAUUUGUCUAAAAUUUGGGAAGCAAGGCCUCAAAGUACUUUAGCAUGACUACCGUUACCAAGGAUCGUCAGAAGAGUCGAGAACGUACCGGUACUAUAUAAUAAUGCGUUAAGAUAUUCUACAUAUAUAACUGCCAAAAAUUAUUAAGUUGACAUAGUCACGCGUUAAAUUUCUCUUCCAUCGUUUUAUAAGUACAAGUCUAAAUUGUUAAAUUAUAUUUGACAAGUGAGAACUUUAACAUAUUUUUAUUUAACACAAUAUGAAAUCAAAGAGUAUAAUUUACCACUGAUGUUUACAGAGACUUAUAUAUUGCAAGUACAUCGAAACAAAGGAUAUAUACAUAAAGUAAAACGAGCAAUAUAUCUCUGAAUUAUAAGUAGGCUAAAUAGAAAUCUGUCCAUUUAAAGAUAUUUUAUUGAUGCUAAUUAUAUAAUAUAAUAUUAAUGUCAAUUGUUAAACUUUAAUACUUUAACGAUAAACUUAAAUUUGUAAGUGAAUUAAAACCAACGUAUAUAAA